AUGUUUGUCACGAUCCUCGCGGGGGCUGCAUGCUUUUUUCUCGCCAGAGCGUUGUUCGUGGCCUUCAGGAGCGGCAUCAGAGACAUCCCCGGGCCCUGGAUCGCUCGGUUUACUCCCUUGUAUCGUGUGAGCCUCGUCUUGAAGGGUGAUGCUGUACGAGAAUAUCGCCGGCUGCACGAGCAAUAUGGACCGUUCGUUCGGACCGGCCCAAAUGCCGUGGCGAUCGCCGAUCCCAAGGCGAUACCCAUCAUAUACGGCAUCUCCAGCAAGUUCAGAAAGUCGGACUUUUACAAGCUCGCCAUCCCAUAUCUGAACGAUGAACCUCUGGAUGGAAUCUUCACCGCCAGGGACCCCGCCCAGCACAAAAAGCUGAGAGCUCCGAUCGCGGGGGUGUAUUCCAUGACCAACAUCCGCAACUAUGAGAAGCACAUCGACGAGUGUACCGAGCUGUUUACAAGGACCAUGAAGCAGUUUGAAGGGCAGAAAAUCGACCUGGCCGAGUACUUUCACUGGUUCGCGUUUGAUGCGAUUGGAAACAUCACGUUCCAGCGUCGGUUCGGCUUCAUCGACCAGACGCAACAGGGAUUCGACGCCUUCCGACCGGAUGAUUUUGUCGGCCAGUACUUUUCAAUCAUCGGCCAAUUGCCGUGGCUGGAUCGCUUUCUGUUUGGCAACCGGCCCUUGGUCAAUGCCAUGAUGCGGCGGUACCCCGACGUACCCAAUUCCCUCAACACCGUGAUGAGUGUCAUCGAUCGAGAAAUCCAGAGGUACGACGAGGAGGACAAGGACGCGACGCGGACCGACUUUUUGGCCCAGCUACGGAAGAAGGACAACCCAGAGGCGGUACACUUUAAGAGAGACUUGAUGAACCAUCUGUCCAAUAACAUGCUUGCCGGGGCGGAUACGAUCUCGGUGGCCUUGGGCGCCAUCUUCUACUACAUUGUGCGCCACGACAUGGUGAAGAACAAGUUGAUGAAAGAGCUUGAAGACGCCAGCGAGAGAGGCGAGUUGUCCGAUUUGAUCACGUAUGAAGAGAGCCUAAAACUGCCCUACCUCCAAGCGGUCAUCAAAGAAUCUCUUCGCAUGCAUCCGUCCCUCUGCAUGCCUCUGGAGCGAGUGGCCCCUCCCGAGGGAGCGACCGUCUGCGGCGUGGUGUUGCCACCGGGAACCAUUGUCGGGGUCAUGGCCCCCAUUGUCAAUCGAGCCAAGGGCGUCUUUGGGGAGGAUGCAGACUCAUUCCGCCCGGAGAGAUGGCUCGAGGCUGACGCCGAGCAUUUGAAAGUCAUGGACCGUACCUUUUUCUCGUUUGGGCACGGCACUCGGUCUUGCAUUGGCAAAAACAUUGCCAUGUUGGAAAUGGGAAAGUUUGUGCCCCAGAUCCUCCGCACAUUUGACAUUGAGUGGGCCUCGCCGACCCAGGACUGGACGGUGAAGACAUAUUGGUUCCAUCGCCAACGAAACCUGUUUUUCAAGUUCACCUGCCGGAAAUGA